AUGUCUACAUCUAGGCCAACCAGCUUGGCCAUUGCUCGCGCAGGAUCACCAAUCAUCAAACUCCCCACCCUGAACGACAUAUUAUCGAACACGGCACAACCACCAUGGACCCUAAGCGCAUUCACGGCGUACUUGUCCCAAAACCACUGCCUCGAGACCUUGGAAUUCCUCAUGGAAGCUGAACGCUAUCGGGCAGCACAUGCCAACCAGUCAGCGGCCCACGGGCGCCAAUUGCAUUUCGAAGACGAGAACAUCUGCUUGCUGUGGCAUAGACUCAUGCAGGCAUACAUCAUGCCGUACGGCCCGAGGGAAGUGAACCUACCGGCUCCAGUUCGCGAUCGCUUAUUGCAGCUCUCCUGUUCCCCCGCUUCUGUACCACCGCCGUCAGAAUUAGAUGAGGCUGUCGGCAUCGUACAUGAGCUCAUGAGCGACUCGCUGCUGGUACCUUUCCUCCAAUCCGUUGCAGCAGCCGCUAGCGAAUCCUCCCAGCACGAGGAGGUAGCGGAGGGCAGACGGAGUAGGUCGAGAUUACGCAUACCCCGGGACCUCAUCUCGCCAGCAGACGAAGGAUCGCAGUCGCCGAAGACGCACUUUCUUCCGUUACUUCUUGGCCGUAACAGCCCCGUGGUCAACCGAUCUAACUCGGGGUCGGGCUCAGAAACCAUGGAAGUUGACCUCGUUACCGACGACAGCAGUCCAAACUCCACACCCGGCGCCGAGCCCAUGACACCGCCUACCACUCCACCAACCUCGGACUUCACUUUCAGCGCCUCUCCGAACACAUUACAGCGGGCGAUUACGGGGAAUAGCUGGAAGAGAAUGGGUGCGCGACUAGGGCUGAGCAGGAAGAGCCGGUCCAUUCGGCGCUCUGAACCGACCAAUGUCCCACCAACCAGUACCGACAUUGAAACGAUGCCAUCAAGACACUCGUCUGGGCCACCUCCCUUAUAG